CACCAUUAAAGCAUAUUCAAUCCAACAGUGUCUUUGCUAAAAAUAAAGCUCAGAAUGUUCCUUAAACUCCAUUGUCUCCCACUCUUCAUUACAUUAUUCUCUUUGUCUUUGUCCUCCUGUCUAGGCAGUUACAAAGAGCAUCCAUUACACCCGAAACCCUAUCAUCCAUAUUUUCACACCUUUGGCGUUUCUAACAAACCAAACUACCCUACUCUAAACUCUGGAGACCUGUUCAACUAUAACAUUGAAAUUCGAACGAGUGCGCCCAAAAUAGUGAAUGUAGAUGCUUUUGGAGCUAAAGCUAAUGGAAGAGACGAUUCUCAGGCAUUUAAGAAAGCUUGGAAGUAUGCUUGUUCUUCUCAAGGAGCCACUCUGGUUGUCCCUAAGAAGAAAGUUUAUCAUCUUAAGCCAAUUGAUUUCUCUGGACCCUGCAAAUCUGCCAUUUCAUUGAAUAUCCAGGGAACUAUUAAAGCCACCGUGAAUCACUCGGAUUACGAAAGAUAUGAUGGACGAUGGCUUUACUUUGAUAAAGUUCAAAAUUUAAGAGUCGAAGGUGGAGGCAUUAUCAAUGGAAAUGGCAGAACAUGGUGGGAAAACUCCUGCAAAAUCAACAAAGCCCUCCCCUGCAAGGAAGCGCCAACAGCUGUGACCUUCAAUGAAUGCAAUAACCUCUUAGUGGCAAGCCUACUGAUAAAAAAUGCACAACAAAUGCAUCUUUCAUUUAGAAAAUGUGUGAAUGUAAAAGCCUUUAAUCUUUUGGUGAAGGCACCUGGACACAGCCCCAACACUGAUGGAAUUCAUGUGACUGAAACCCAGAAUAUUAACAUAAACAACUGUGUCAUCGGAACAGGUGAUGAUUGCAUCUCUAUAGUUAGCGGCUCCAAAAACGUUCGCGCCACCGGUAUAACUUGUGGACCAGGCCAUGGAAUCAGCAUUGGGAGCUUAGGAGCUAGAAAAUCUGCAGCUUAUGUGUCCAAUGUAUUAGUGAAUAAUACAAUACUCUCAGGAACCACCAACGGAGUGAGAAUAAAAACUUGGCAGGGAGGAUCAGGGUAUGCCAGAAACAUCAGAUUCCAAAAUAUUGUGAUGUACAACGUCAGCAAUCCCAUAAUUAUUGAUCAGAACUAUUGUGAUCAACAAAAACCAUGCCCCAAACAGGUGUCUGCGGUGCGAGUGAGCAAUGUGCUUUACAAAAACAUAAGAGGAACAAGUGCGUCUAGAGUAGCCAUGAAGUUUGAUUGUAGCAAAAGCUUUCCUUGUCGAGGAAUUUUCUUGCAAGAUGUAGCUUUAAGACCCCAAGAAGAAGAACAAGAAGAUAUUGCGAAAGCUUCAUGUGCUAAUGUUAGAUUAUCUUAUCGAGGGAAUGUUUCUCCACCUUGCUCAUCUUAAUAAA